AUGCCGAGCACGGUUUGUGUAUCAUGUCGUGGAGAACGACCGGCCGCUUUGGUUCGACCAAAAACAAGUGAACCAUAUUGUAAAAUAUGUUUUUUUGAAGCAUUCGAACGUGAAAUACAUGAAACAAUUGUUAAAGAACAAUUAUUUAAGCCAGGAGAAACAAUUGCUGUUGCUGCAAGUGGUGGAAAAGAUUCUACUGUUCUUGCACAUGUAUUAAAAUUACUUAAUGAACGACAUUCAUAUGGUCUUAAACUUGUUUUAUUAUCAAUUGAUGAAGGUAUAACUGGUUAUAGAGAUGAUUCACUAGAAACAGUAAAACGUAAUCAACAACAAUAUGAAUUACCAUUAAUUAUUCUUACAUAUAAAGAAUUAUAUGGUUGGAGUAUGGAUGAAAUUGUAAAAGCAGUUGGCCGUAAGAAUAAUUGCACAUUCUGUGGUGUCUUUCGUCGUCAAGCUCUUGAUCGUGGUGCAAUGAAAUUAGCAGUAAAUAAAAUAGCAACAGGUCAUAAUGCAGAUGAUAUUGCUGAAACAAUUCUAAUGAAUAUUCUUCGUGGUGAUAUAGCACGUCUUAAACGAUGUACAUCGAUAAUAACCGGUGAUGAAUCAGAUGAAAAUGAAAGUUCUGUUAUUCCUCGAUGUAAACCAUUAAAAUAUGCAUAUGAAAAAGAAAUUGUUCUUUAUGCAUUUUAUAAACGUUUGGAUUAUUUUUCUACAGAAUGUAUUUAUUCUCCAAAUGCAUAUCGUGGUAAUAUAAGAACAUAUAUUAAAGAUUUAGAACGUUUAAGACCAUCAUCAAUAAUUGAUAUAAUUCAUAGUGGUGAACAAUUAAUUGUUAAACAAACAGCUAAAUUACCUGUACAACGUGUAUGUGAACGAUGUUCAUAUUGUUCAUCCAUGCCAAUAUGUAAAGCAUGUUUACUAAUCGAAGGUCUUAAUAAAGGUGUACCAAAGUUAGGUAUUGGAAAAACUGAACGUUAUCGAAAAGAAAUGCAAAAACAAGAGCAAUGUUGUAACGAUCAAUCAUUAUGUAACUGUAUGAAAGAAAAAUUAACAGUGAAUGAACAAGAUUAA